UAUCGCAACCUUUCCAUUAAGAAGGACGCUAUCCGCUUAUCGAUACGGACAGAAUAUCGAUAAGCCAGCUGCAGCCGCGUUUGACUUCCAAACCCCCAAGCUCCAUUAUCCAUCUUCAUUGUUACAAUCUCAACAUCGAAACCAUACCCCCAGCCAUCACCUGCCUACCCCCCUUCGCACCCCCCCAUAACCAUUAAUACGAUACCUAGCAUCAUUCCCGAAACCAUGGCGACCUCUCAUUUUGGCCUCCUAGAGGAACGAGAAGAAAAUGAGCUGCACAAGACCCGUCUCCUCAACGUAGAAGAGAAGCCCUUCAAGCGGCUUACCAAACGCCUCGUCGCGCCCGGCGCUUUCACGAGUCCCGGGAAGCUGGUCACACCUCCCCCCGACGGCACCAACGAUACCGAAGCAAACUCAUCACCGGCAAUCGACAUCAGCGCGCUAAAAGAAGACAUCAUGCUAGACUUCGAGGCGUUCGACGCGCAGAUCCUACGACUGCAACUUCUAGGAACGGCGAACGCGCAGGAGCGCGAGCGAUACGCGGCGGAUAGGAUUCGCAUCCUGGAGACGAUGGAGUCGGUGCGGGAGGGCAACGCGCGGCUGAAAGCGCAACUGGACGAAGCGCGCGCGACGCUCGCCCAGCGCCGCAAGUUCGACGAGCUGGCCGACCGCAUUACGAACAACCGCAUGUUGCGCCCGCGCGCGGAGCAGGCCACCAACCUGGCUAAAUUGGCCGAGGAGUGCGAGGACUUGCACCGCGAGAGCGAGACGUAUGGCGCUACGUGGCGAGACCGCCGCGAGCAGUUCGAGCGUCUGGUUGAGGAGGGCAAGAGGCUGCGUGCUUUGAUCCGAGACGAGAAAGAAGAGGUGGAGCGCAGAGAAGGCAUGGAUUCGGAUGCGGAGGAUGGAGAGGCUGCCGCUACACCUGGUAAGGGCGGGCUUGUCAGCGGGAACAACACGCCACAUCCCGAUAGCGGUGCUGUCUCUGGGGGUGGAAGAACCCCGAGACCUGACAGUCCUGGCGCUGGAGGCCCCCCCGGGUUGAAGCCGCGACUCGAUGCUGGCGGAACUUUCUCGCGAGCGGGAAGCCAAGCGCCGAGUCAACGGGCGGGAAGCCAGAAUCCGAGAGAAGAGCCGGAGGAGGGUGAAGAUGUCGAGAUGGGCGAGUCGACGCAACAGAACCAGCGGGCCGAUACCCCUAUGGCAGAGGAUGCAUCGCAGACACCCCAAAUUACGGUCGAGGCGCCUGGUGCUGGCAAUGGCGAUAGUAUGGAUAUAUCAUGAAGGAAAUUGCGGGCUAGGGAGGAGGAAAUAUACAUUUAUGGGUGGGUGGCUCCAGCGGUCUCGUAGUUCAUCUUGGAAUUACGUAUCAUCUAUGAUGGUCUAUUACGCGCAUCCGUGUUGCAGGAGUGGAGGAAGUAUACCCAGCGAGCAAAAUAUCACCAUACUAGGUUAGACUAAUAGAGAGGGGGACGAUGGAUUAUCGAUUUUAUACCACUCGGGUAGGUCCACCUCUCAAGGACAAUAAUAUAAAACGAGCUUCUAUGGCUCUCCCUCUCUCUCUCUCCCUCUCUCUCUCUC